AUGCCCAGUCCUUCUCAAGACAACCAAGAAUGCCUGCAGAAACAUUUCUCCAGGCCAUCUAUGUGGAAGCAAUUUCUGCCCCUGCCCAGGGCUCAGGGAUAUAAAGCAAACAUUCAUCAAACCAUGGAAAAUGAAGGCAGCAGCAAGGCUGUGCAUGAUGUCAAGCCCAUGCGAUCUGAGCGGACGGAGAUGAGGAAACGGCAGAUGCCUACAGCCCAGGAGACCACAGACUCCACGCCAGGCCAGCCCGGGGCGGGGGACCGCGGGUCCAACACCUGCUGCUUCUGCUGGUGCUGCUGCUGCAGCUGUUCCUGUCUUACUGUUAGAAACCAAAAAGAACAGAGACCCAGGAGGCCCUCCCAUGAACUCAGACGAGAAGAGCUUCCAACCUGUGAAGAAAGCCCAAGUCCCACUCUGGAGGAGGUCAACGCCUGGGCUCAGUCCUUCGACAAGGUAAUGCUUACUCCAGCGGGAAGGAAUGCUUUCCGGGAAUUCCUCCGGACAGAAUUCAGUGAAGAAAAUAUGCUUUUCUGGAUGGCAUGUGAGGAACUGAAAAAAGAAGCUAAUAAAACCAUCAUUGAAGAGAAAGCAAGGAUAAUCUAUGAAGACUACAUUUCUAUUCUUUCUCCUAAAGAGGUCAGCUUGGACUCCCGAGUAAGAGAAGUCAUCAACAGGAACAUGGUGGAGCCAUCCCAACACAUAUUUGAUGAUGCACAACUCCAGAUCUAUACCUUAAUGCACAGAGACUCCUAUCCCCGGUUCAUGAACUCUGCCCUCUACAAAGAUCUGCUUCAGUCCUUAGCUGAGAAAUCGGUUGAAGCAUAG